AUGCGUCAACUCAUUGCCGGGUUCUUCGCCAUGGACAGCCAGUUUCAUCGACCCGAUCAUGCCACGCGGCACGAGCUGUUUAAGCCGACAUACCCGGGGUGGUCUCUGGAUCCGUCGCUAUGUGAAUGGGUACAAUCGGGUACUGUGUGGCCGCCGCUUGUUUGCCAUCCCGAGUCAGCCAACCAUUUACAGAUCCAUCCACUUUCGUUUUUAGCCUUUCGACGGAGCUUAAAACGUCCUGAAGAUAUCCAGGUUAUCGAAAAUGAUUUGUGGAGACGCCUCGUCUACUCGCAAAAGCCCUCCUUGAGAUGGGCAGAGCCAAUCACAUAUCAAAACAAGCCUGGGGGUCCACUCAGUCUUAGAGACCAGAACCGGCAGCUGAAGGAGAUGAGAAUGGGUCUGCGGACCGAGCGGAAUAUGUUAGGUGAGGGGAGGCAGCCGAGGAAGAGGGAAGGGGUUCAGCAAACCGGUGGGAAUGCAUCGUGUGUGGCGAAGCAGCCGAAGAAAGCAAGUGUUCAGCGAACCGAUGGGAAUGCAUCGAGUAUGGUGAAGCAGCCGAAGAAGAAGGGAAGGGUUCAGCGAACCGGAGGGAUUGCAUCAGCUGAGGCGAAGGAUCGUUCGCCUCCCAACGGGGCUGAGGGUAGGAACAUGUUCACUGGGGCCGUUGGAAUCGCGGAUGGAGAUCAACGUCAAAGGGUUCCUUUUGACCCAGUCAGGGACACAAUUGCUCUAAACGCAACCCUCUUUCGGUAA